AUCGCUCCUUCCGCCCAUGUUUGACGAGAGUCUCGACAUGGAGAUCUGGAGAAAACCUCAGCUACCGCACCUGAGCGGCCGGCAACGGGAGCAGCUGUGUCACGAUCUCAAACUGCGGAUAGUGAAGGCAGUUCGACCGGGGUUGGGCAGCGUACUACCGCUGCUAAUGGAGCCCGACAUUAACCUGCACGUGUUUCACCUGGUGCGGGAUCCACGAGCGGUGGCUAACUCCGUCCUAAAGAAGGAAGGCUGGAUCGACAUGUUUCCUACUUCUAUGAUCUGCGAAAAUAUCCGAGAGAGUCUUCGGGUUCUCCGAGAGUUCAAUAAGACCGAGCUGUUGGAGCAGCGCUACACUUUGGUUAGGUAUGAGGACCUGGUGGCCGACCCAGAGAUGGAAGCCCGCCGACUGUUCCGGCGACUCGGCUUCCGGCUUCCGGAUAACGUUCUGCGCUUCAUUUCUACCCACUCUAAGCGGCACUACACCAGCCCUGCCAUCUUGCGGGAGAAACCAACACUACAGCCUUCAACUACCACCACCAGACGUCCCUCCACCGCUAGAAAACCUCCGAGAAAACAGCUUCUCACUUUCAUUCGAUGGUUGCUGGGAAAAUAUCGCACCGCGACCACAACCACUGAGGCGGGCCCGAUCAUUAUACCCACCUCUGCUCCCGAUGUGCACGACUAUUUCGGAACGGUACGAGACGCGUCGUUCAAUGGAUUGCAGUGGUUGGAAGAGCUGCCUUUGGAGAAAAGACGAGAGGUGGAGAGUCACUGUGGGGAUGUGUUGGCUGAUCUAAAUUACCCUCUGGUGUACAGCCAGGAGAGGGUGGACAAUCUAACAGAAGUAUCACUGGAGAGGAUGGACAAUAUAACAGAAGUAUCACAGGAGACUGUGGAUAAUUUAGCAGAAGUAUCACAUCUAGAAACCCAGGACAAUCUUACGGUAAAAACAAAGGCAACUGGCUGAAAACUGUCUUACUGAAACAGCACAUUAGUAAAUUAUAGUAGCAAACCGUGGCUCAGAAAAGCAGUAGGUAGGUACAUCACAUAGGUAGGUAAGAUUGGCCACAGGCCAAUUUAGAACAGGAUAAACGCAAGCCAUCACUGAUCAGGGUAAGUCAAAACUUUAUCCGAACGAAUGAGCAAAAUUAUUUACGGUUAUUGAUGUUCUUCAUGCCUAAAAAGACCCUCUGAUCUGGCCCAAUGAUUUUUUCAGGCCAUUUGAGGAUAUGAUGCAGGCAACUUGAGAAGUACCUAUUGGUGCUCUGUUGUGUAUGGAAAUUGGAAUCUUAUUGCAUAGUCUUAUCGCGUGCCACUAUUUCAUGCGAUUCGCCUGCACGAUCCUGCUUCUACAUGAUUUGUUGCAUGAAAAUAGCCGUUUUCACGACGGCCAUCUGGUACACAUUUGGUGCACAUCUGGUGCAGAUUAGGUGCAGAUUUG